AUGAAAAUCGGUGUUACAACGGAUUUGUUUAAGGUUAGCAAACAGUGUUACAAGGACAUUCGUGGAAGAAAUAGUCGACUGGUAUUUUCUUCAAUAUACAGGAACCAUGUAUCGACGUGUGGCGAGUGAAGUUUGCAAGACAUUGCCCAGAUUGAGUAAUGGAACUGCAAGUAGAAUUGCUGGAGUGACCGCUAUCAGACCAUACUCCGAUGAUCAUGCUGCUUUGGACAAAUUGUCAUUCUCUGAAACUGUCGAUAGAUUUUUCGACAAAGCAGCUGAUUUGGUUGAAGAUAAAUUAGCCGAUACCAUGAAGGGAAGACUAACAAUGGAAGAAAAAAAGAGAAAAGUGAGGGGCAUAUUGAAAAUGAUCAAACCGUGUAACCAUAUGAUUGAAUUAACUUUCCCUAUCCGUCGUGACAACGGAGAGUUUGAAAUCAUUGAAGCGUGGCGUGCACAGCACAGUCAACAUCGCACACCGUGUAAAGGAGGUAUCCGUUACAGCCCUCUUGUGAAUGUUGAUGAGGUACGUGCCCUUGCCUCACUGAUGACAUACAAGUGUGCUGUGGUGGAUGUGCCAUUUGGAGGGGCCAAAGCUGGGGUGAAGAUUAACCCUGCAGACUACUCUGAAAGGGAGCUGGAAAAGAUCACUCGGCGCCUGGCAAUGGAACUAGCAAAGAAAGGAUUCAUAGGGCCUGGUAUUGAUGUACCAGCACCUGACAUGGGUACAGGAGAGAGGGAGAUGAGCUGGAUAGCUGACACGUACGCCAACACGAUAGGAUACCUUGACAUCAACGCUCAUGCCUGCAUCACUGGUAAACCCAUCACACAAGGUGGCAUCCACGGUCGUAUCUCGGCCACAGGCCGGGGAGUGUACCAUGGUAUCCAGAACUUUGUGAACGAAGCAAGCUACAUGAGUAUGAUUGGUCUCACUCCUGGCUUUGGGGACAAAACCUUCAUUGUCCAGGGUUUAGGCAAUGUCGGUCUGCACACAAUGAGGUACCUCGACAGAGCCGGAGCCAAGUGUAUUGGUAUCAUUGAGAAAGAUGGCAGCAUCUACAACAGGGAUGGUAUCAGUCCACGUGAUAUGGAAGACUACAAGAUUGACAAUGGCACGAUCAUCGGCUUCCCGGGAGCCUCAGUCUAUGAAGGUGACCUGAUGUUGGAGAAGUGCGACAUCUUGGUGCCAGCUGCCAGUGAGAAACAACUCACCAGUGAAAAUGCUUAUCAAAUCCAAGCAAAGAUUAUUGCUGAGGGUGCCAAUGGCCCAACAACUAUGGGGGCGGACAAAAUCUUCCAGGAGAGGAAUGUGCUAGUUAUCCCAGAUUUAUACAUCAAUGCUGGAGGUGUAACGGUGUCCUACUUCGAGUGGCUCAAAAAUCUAAACCAUGUGAGCUAUGGACGACUCACCUUCAAGUAUGAGAAAGAUUCAAACUACUUCCUUCUCCAAAGUGUCCAAAACUCUCUGGAAAGGAAAUUUGGGAAAGUUGGAGGAUCAAUCCCUAUCAAUGCUUCUGAUGAAUUUGAGAAGAGAAUCCAUGGUGCUUCUGAAAAGGACAUUGUACACUCUGGCUUGGAAUAUACAAUGGAAAGAUCUGCAAGGAACAUUAUGAGGACAGCUAUGAAGUACAACCUCGGCCUGGAUCUGCGGACAGCAGCCUUCAUCACAUCCAUUGAGAAAAUCUUCAAAGUAUAUGAAGAGGCUGGCCUCACCUUCACAUAGAGCUACUCGGGACAGUUUUUAUUUUAUCCUGUGAUAUCUUGUGAUACACUAUCAGGGCUGAGGAAGGAAUGAUUAAAUAAACUUUUUGCAAUUAAAUAUGAGUUUAGUAGAGGAGAAACUUUACAAUUUUGUCCGUUUUUAUGAUAAAAUGAGAAUAUUUUAGCGGGGAGAAAGUUUAAAAGCUGAACAGUUUGCACCUUAUUAAAUUUAUCUAUUGCUUAUUAUUAUAGCAGGGGGAAAUUUACUUCAUUUUAGAUCUGUAGAAACUGCUAGUUUAUGCAUUAUGUUGGUUAUUUAUCUCUGUACUUAAUCCCAUUAGAUGAGUACAAUGUUCAUACUUUGAUAUUAGUAUGAAAUACAGGUAUUUUGGACUGUGGAAAUGUAUGUUUUUAGUUAGGGAUAUAUGUACUGUGGAGCCUUUUAUGGCCAGAAAACUGCCGGACUGUUCCAUUUAAAUUCAUGUUCCUAAUGCAUUUAUUGGUAGUGCUGGUUGUUGGUUAUUCUAGACACUCAACAAGGGUUCAGUGUAAGUUAGUAUGUAUAAUAGUGAAGUGAGGUGUAGAUGUGUUAACAUGUUUGAGUACAUGUGUAUUCAAAAUAUAUGUGCUGAACAGCUUUCUAAUAUGAAAAUUUGGAGUGUCUUUGAAGUAAAAAUGUUCUUAUUAAACAAAUGAGAUCAGUAGGCCAGUAUAAUAUGCCAAAACAAACACAAUUCACAAACACCAUCAUUCUCUCUAGCCUUUUUCUACAAGAUUUCCGAUGGUAGAUUAUAUCAAUCCAUUCCAUGCAGACCUACAUGGGUCUUUGGUCAUCAGCCUUUGUUCAUCAUGCUGUUUGGCUGAAAGAAUAUCAUGCUUGAGGUUCAAAGUUGAGAUGAGGUUGAAGUGUAGCUUGUGACAUGUUGAUUUAGUGCUGUUUUUCUCACCUGUGUUAUUUUGAUGGUGUACACAUAGUGCUUUCUUCAAGUUUGUUUUGAGUCAGUUUUUUCUACUCCACAUAUAAACUGCACAGUAUUUUGUGUCAGUAAUACCACAGACAGCAUAUAUAUAAGCUCCUUGCAUUUAUCUGUACUUUUUCUUUUAUACUUCUCGUGGUAUUGUUAAUUGUUUGACAUAUGCCAUUAUUCAUUAGAUUAAGUACAAAGAAUGAGAACCUGUGCAUCUAUUAUCCACACAACUUUAAAUGUAGAUAUUUGUACUUUCAAUAACUAUGAACGUGCAAAAUAAAAUUUCGUUUAAAUAAA